UACCCAACCCAAUUGGGUUGGAUAGUAAAAAACCCAUGGGUAUGGGCAAAAUUGUCAUCCCUAUAACGGCUGGCCCAUCAGACAUUAUCCCUCAAGUAAACCUUUCCUGCUCAAGCUGCAACAAAAACUUCAGGGGGUCGUUUGUAUCCAGGAAAGUGGGCAGGGAUUUGGCCCAAAUUCGAGUCCGUCUAGGAAUUUAAACAAUUUCUUUGUUUGGAUAGGUCUUCAAACAGCCAGAAUUUGGGCCAUAGGAAAUUUUAAAUCCGGCCCAGUCCGGAAUUAGAAUUAUCUGAUAGCUCCCUAGGUAUUUUAAAAUUCGGCCCUAUUUUUUUUUUUUUGUUCCCAGCGUGUCCCUACUUUCCAAAACCCAAUCGUCUGAACUUUGUUUUCCAAAAACUCAAACCCUCGAAAUCGCCAUGUCCGCCACCACAGCCGCCAGGUUAGUCCUCCGUCUCACUGCCGUCAGGCCAGCCACCGCACGACGAUUACCCGCCAGAACAAGGUCGGUGUUCUUCGUUGUCCCAACUGCGAGGAGAACCCCUCCUCCUUCUCUUCGUAUUUCCAGGUAAUUUUAUUGAUAGAUAUUCUCCUCGCCGCCGAUCUGGGUUCUUCCUUUCAUCCGGCGGAUUUGGGUUCGCCACCUGUCGAACAUAAAGGAAGAAGAGACGGUGAGAUAGUCGAGCAUGGGAUUUUUUUUAUGUUUGUUGUUGUAGGGUUUGUGAUAAGGAAAAGGUUGCCACGACAAUGGAGCUACGAAUACAUUUUGUUGAAAACGACCUCAUUUUGAAGUGGCCCGAUACUCGGAUCAGUUGGUUGAAUCAGCUGAAUUUCUCGAUUUAAUGCAAAACCCCAUUGACAGUCCUUAUAUCCUCAAAACUACCACACCCUCGAACAAUAUGCAGCAAUAUCGCAAGUAAAAUCAUUCAUUUUUUGGUGAAGGAUGACAAUAGUAUAAACAGCGAUACAUAAUUUGGAUUUUCUCUGGUGCCGCUCCCUUUUUGUUCUAUCCCAAACAAAAUACUGUGAAAAUUCAACAAACGUAUACUUCCUCGCUUCUGAGCAUAUCCGAUUAAUCUUCAACCAUCCCAACAACAUGGAAGUCUGAGCCCGCAAUAUAAUCACAAAACAGUUCGCAACUUGGGUUGGACAUGCAUAUAUGAAUAAGAUAUUAUGAGAUCACAACUCCUUUUUUGUUCUUCACCAAAACAUGACAAAAGAGGUCAUGGCUACUGUAAAAUAGGAAUAUCGUAUUUGUUUCAAAUAAACACAACAUUAAAAUAGUGAGUAGAAUAAACAACACAUAGAAUUCCAGUUACAGAAAGAACAUCACCCAACAAUGUAAACAUAAAUGCACCAUUCACAAUAAAGCAUAUUUUAUUUGAUGUUUAUUUUGAGGGUCUAAACGCGAAACACAUCAUUUAAAGAAGCCAACUAAGGUAACAUUCCGGCGUCACAUGAAUUUAUACACAUAACCUAUUUCUGUUACCAUCUGAGUUGUGUAGUAUGGUUUUCGGAAUUCUGAAAUUUCAACACACAUAUAAGAGUUAUGAUAAAUAAAUUGGAACUUGAAGGGACAUACCGAGAUUUAUUGCAGAAUUCAACAUUUAUAUGUGCGCCGAAACGCAGUAAAAAAUAUCGAUUAUAUGGAACCACAAAGCGGUUAUCCAAUGACACACCACGAACGUUAGUAGAUAUCCCUGUAUCACGCCGACGAUAUUUAGCAAAACCAUUAUCAUCAAUAAUGGUUUGCUCACAAAACUGUUUUGGGAAAUGCUUUGUAGAGACACCACCUUCAGUACAUGGUGCAUUACGAUUUACGACCCAAAGCACCACAUGGUCCAUGCAUCACAAAUUUCUUUACAGCUCGAUAUCCUUCUGGAUCAAGGUGGUGAUUGGGUAUUUAGAGGAUAUCACAGAAUCGAUCUCCUUCGCUCCACUUAAUUUAUUCUCUGCUGCUAGAAAACCCAACAAAUGAGCAUGGGGUAGACCCCUCUACUGAAACUCAAUUGCCAUGACAUCUUAAUACAACGAAAAAGAAAGAGUUAUAAAUGCCUCAUUUGUGGUACAUACGUCCUGUUGUGUUCCCAAAAAAUUUCUUAUCUCUAAUCUCCGGCAUUAGCUUAUGCAACUUAAGUUUGAAGACUCUAGCAAUAACAUUAGACACGUUGAUAUCUUUCCGACCAUCUGAAUUGAUCAAAUCCACCAUAAAUUGGAUCUCCGGCCAAUUCUUAUUGCAUGUGAAGGUUAUAAAUAAAUCUGGGUAGCCAAGCCACCUACAUAUUGCCAUUGCAUCCUGAAAAUUCUCAUACUUAUACCGGGGACUACCUGUAUGAGAAGCUGAUAAAAUAACAUGUUUUCCAGUCAAUUCUACAUCUGAAUCACCACGUAAAAAUGCAUCCAGUAACCCACUGACAUAAUGGGAGUGCAACUUUGACUGAUUAUUUCGAAUCCAGUCAAGUCGUUCAGCUUCAACCAAAGCAUAUGCAUUCACAACAUACCAUUAAAAUAACUUCCCAACCAAUAAUACAGAAUUUGCUUCAUUGAAUCUACUCUGGAGGCGAUAAGCAUAAUAAUCACAUUGUGAUAGAUUAUUGUCUUCCAAAGGUUAUCAUCCUCAUCAUCAUCACAACUUAUAUCUGGAUGCCACCCAUCCUCCCCAUAAGGAAAUAAGAUUGGAUAUUGUAGGGCCAUUAAAGAUGGAUGGUGAUAAUUGAUCCUUUCAAGUUGUGAGCUCUGAUAGUGAACAAUAAUGUUUGGCUCAAAUGUAUCAUAAUCUGUUUCAUCCACAAUCAGUGUUGCUACAUCAUUCCUUGUGGGUAGAUCAUAUUCUCUCCCAUCCUGUCCAUGCUUGGCAAACAACUUGAUCUUCCCCUCCUGAACAUUAGAUUCAGUCAUUUUUUGUCUUGUCAUCCUGAAUGUCUGUACCAAGACAUUGCAUUGCUCAAACAUUAGUUGCAAGCCUUCAACAACCUCUGGGCGCAAUGGAUUAUUCUGUUCACCAUCCGAAAACAACUGGAGACGAUUCUGGAGUUCUAAAGUAGAUUCAUGAAUAUACAACUGGGCAAACUUUGUUGCCUGGCCUUCUGAAAGGAGUAAGCUGCCGAUGCUAUGAUAAAUCUGACCACUUAUAGAGAAAACAGACACACCAUCACCAUCAUUUAUACUGCGAUCCACCUUACCUCCAAGUGAGAUGAAGCAAAAUACAGCAUUAUAUAGACGAAUUGCCUCCCGGAAAGGGAGACUAAGAGGUGAUGCAGACUCUAAUAAUUCUGUCAAAUAUGGAGGUAGGUCACAUCGCGGGGGCAAUUUGACUUUCCCUUGCUUGCAGCACAAAGAAAACAACGAGUUGGUUUGGCUCUUAGUGUGUAAAGUGCUUUCCUCUCACAACAUGACUGCUCCACAUAAUUGGCAGAUGCACGAAGGUCCAUCCAAACUAAAAGCAUCUACACAGGGCAAACCUAUAAACAAAAUAGUGGCAAUUGUAAAAUUAUGGGUUGAUGCAGAACCCGACUCAAACAUAAGCUUGAAAGUGAAUACAUACCACACUGACGUGUAAAUGCCAUAGGAACAGGAUUAACUUGGCAUCUGUGACACAAAUAAAUGCACCGAAGAACUCGAGAAUGUUUUGAUCUUAAGCGAGAGAACACCAAUGCAAAAUCUGUGGAGCAAACACCAAUUUAUGGUUGAGUAGUAAACAAGAUAAGCAACUGGAGCAACGUAACCACCCUAAACUACAAUUAUCCUCAACUGUGGGGAAUCAAUUCUCCAGGAUAGUACCACCACAGCUAGGGAAGAAGGAUUCCGCUAAAUAUACUAAGAUUAGUAUCAUAACUUAGCAAUUCAGCAUAAAAACAAAACUAUGGCAGUUAAUCCUCUAGAACAGAAAACCGGAUACGCACAACAUUGUCGAACCAAACCAAGAAAUGGUAUUGAUUGAU